AUGGAAGCCAAAUAUGAUCGUGCCAGUGAGGUCAAAGCUUUCGACGAGAUGAAGAUCGGAGUUAAGGGUCUCGUCGACGCCGGAAUCUCACAAAUCCCGCGUAUCUUCCAUCAUCAUCUCAAUUCAACCGACUCAAAUCCACCUCUUUCCUCGACGACGAUGAUCAUCCCAACAAUCGAUCUCCAAGGAGGCAAGCUCGAGUCCACGGCCACACGAGAGAGCGUGAUCGCGGAGAUCAGAGACGCCGUCGAGAAAUUCGGGUUUUUUCAGGCGAUUAACCAUGGAAUCCCGAUUGAUGUGAUGGAGAAGAUGAAAGAUGGGGUUCGUAACUUUCAUGAGCAAGACGCAGAAGUGAGGAAGAAGUUCUACAGUCGCGAUAACACCAAAAAGUUUACUUACAACAGCAACUUCGAUCUCUACAGCUCUAAAUCUGCGAAUUGGAGAGAUUCCUUAAGUUGUUUUAUAGCUCCUGAUGUUCCCAAAACAGAGGACUUGCCAGAGAUUUGUGGGGAAGUCAUGUUGGAGUAUUCGAAGCAAGUGAUAAAAUUAGGGGAAAUAGUCUUUGAGCUUUUAUCAGAAGCUUUAGGGCUUGAUCCUAAUCACCUUAAAGAAAUGGAUUGCACGAAAGGUUUAUUGAUGCUCUGUCAUUACUACCCGCCUUGUCCUGAGCCUGAUCGAACUUUCGGCGGAAGUCCGCAUUCAGACAGAUCUUUCCUCACUAUUCUUCUUCAAGAUCACAUUGGUGGGCUUCAAGUUUUUCAGGAUGGUUAUUGGGUUGAUGUUCCUCCUGUUCCUGGAGCUCUUCUCAUUAACCUCGGAGAUCUCUUACAGAUUAUAACGAACGACAAGUUUGUAAGUGUGGAGCAUAGAGUUUUGGCUAAUAGAGGGGAAGAGCCGCGUAUUUCGGUAGCGUCGUUCUUUGUGCAUCCUUUACCGAGUUUGCGAGUGUAUGGACCGAUAGAAGAGCUUUUGUCUGAACAAAACCCUCCCAAGUAUAGAGACACGACCGUGACGGAGUAUUCAAACCAUUACAUGGCGAGAGGACUCGAUGGGAAGUCCGUGUUGCUUCAGUUCAAGAUCUGA